AUGGGCCGAAUCCCGUGCUGCGAGAAGGAAAACGUGAAGCGGGGCCAAUGGACACCUGAAGAGGAUCAGAAGCUCUCGUCUUACAUCGCCCAACACGGCACCCGCAACUGGCGCCUCAUUCCCAAACACGCAGGUCUGCAGAGAUGCGGCAAGAGCUGCAGACUGCGGUGGACUAAUUAUCUGAGGCCGGACCUCAAACACGGCCAAUUCUCCGAGGCCGAGGAGCAGACUAUAGUCACUCUUCAUUCCGUACUCGGAAACCGAUGGUCGGUUAUAGCAGCGCAGCUGCCUGGUCGUACGGACAACGACGUGAAGAACCACUGGAACACGAAGCUGAAGAAGAAGCUGUCGGGCAUGGGAAUCGACCCGGUGACCCACAAGCCGUUUUCCCAUCUCAUAACCGAGAUCGCGACCCUGCCGCCGCCACCUCAGGCUCCGAGCCUGGCAGAAGCAGCCCUCGGCUGCUUCAAAGACGAGAUGCUUCACCUUCUCGCAAAGCGCCGUAUCAAUAUCCACCAUCUCCCCCCUCCGCCUUCCGGGGCCCACCUCAAGAGUGAUGUUGAGAAGAUUCGGUUUGGUCUGUCCCGAGCAAUUAAGGAGCCCGGGAUGAAUAAUGCCAGCAAGGCGUGGGACCUCGAGUUUACUGGGGCGGAUGUGGGGUUUCAUCAGUAUGAGUUUGAAGGGGAUGUGUCGCCGUGGAACCGGAGUAUGUGCACCGGGAGCACGAGCAUGGCGCUGGUGGGGCCCACGGUGGGAAAGGCUGAGUGCGAGGAGAAUGGGAAGGGGAGUGAUGGGUCUGAUGAUAAUAAUAAUAUGUUCAAUUCGGACUGUUCGUUGUGGGAUUUGGCGUCUGAUGAUCUUAUGAACCCAGCGGUGUGAGGGAAGGGAGAAGGAGAGGGAGAUUCUGAUAUCAAAACUGAUGGUUACGUUUUUCUCUGUAGAUGACAGAUUUAAUGUGUAAAGGGAACUCAUGAAAUGAAAG